UACACGAGAAUACAGCACUGCAGGUGUUUAUGGUGAAUGGUCACUUUCCUACUUAACUCAGCUGAUUAGGAGGAAUGUUACAUCUUCGAGGUCAAAGAGUGUUGUGACUAUGGCAGGGGUAUAUACAAAAUGCGCUGAUAUUUUGAAGCCACGCCUAGUGGAAACGCUUGUACGCCAGACACAGUGUUAUUUCCACAUAACAGCAGCAUGCGAAAGGGUGCAGGCAGGGCGAUACAGAAUUACACCAAAAAGAGACAGACCGUUGACCUACGAGAUGGCUAAUCCUCCGUAUUACAUUGGACAUAGGAAGUCUUGGAAUUCGUGGAACACUUCAAGCUUACUUGGAGGAUUGCGUCCAGCAGAAACAGUUGUUGAAGAUAUGUUUAUUCGAAGAUUUGUGACUGGAACAUGGCAUAGUCUCUUUGUAUCGGAAGUGAUUAUAAAACGACAACACAAUUUGAUUCGGAUUGCUGGCAUAGUACGUCAAGCAAUUAGUCCUAGGAAGAUGUACUUCCUUAUUGGCUACACAGAGGAACUGCUAAGUUACUGGUUACAGUGCCCUGUAAAAUUAGAACUGCAGUCAGUUGCUGAUGCUAAAGACGUUGUACACAAAUAUAUUUAAGCAGCAUUGUGUGUGUUCGAUAAGAAAAUUUUCAUAUUCUCAGUAAUUUACUAAUAAACCACCUCAUUUUCUCAAA